AUUAGCAUUCUCUCUCUCACACACACAGACACACAUUCCCUUAGAGUGAGCAACAAACCCCCUUUGAAACAUUCUAUAUAUCCAAAGCCUCCAUUAAAGGAACCAACCAUUACAUUGACAUGUGUUAUCAAAUCCAUGGGUUGAGAGCUUCAUCAAGAAAUUAAGAACACCAAGUUAAAAGGAAGGAAGGAAAGAAAUAGAGAGAAAUGGAAAAGCAAGGAGGAAGGGAUAUGAGUUACAACUCUGCUGAAAUGGGAGGCCAAGAUCAUCGGAGUAUGAGUCACCCUGCUGAUGAUAUGUCCGGGCAAACUCAGAUGAGGCAUGAUCAAGUAAUGAACCAAGGAUCCAAAAACCCUGCCCAAGGUGCCCAGGGUGUCCAAGGCACUAACUUCAUUCAACAGACGGGAGAAAAUGUGAUGAGCAUGGCACACGGAGCCGCUACCAUAGCACAAGGAGCGGUACAAGGAGCAGCAAACAUAGCACAGGGAGCAGCGAUGGGAGCGGCAAACGUUGCACAAGGGGCCGCUUCAGCGAUGAAAAACACUCUGGGAGUGAACCCUGACAACACGUCCAACACCAAUAACCCAAGCAAACCAAAUACAAGGAUUUGAAGUGCUUUGUUUGGUGCUAUAUAUAUAUAUCCCUUUUGUGUUGAUGCAUAAAAACCCCCUUCUUGUGAAGGUGUUUCUAUUAUUAUUUCUUGUUCUUUGAGAAGUAAUUGCUACUACCAUUGUCAUAUGUUUACUUUGAUGAUCUGUUGGAAUUCCCUAUUUUUUGUUGUUCUAUGAGGGGCUAUUUGAGAGGCAUUAUUAUGAUAGUCUUUCAAGGCUUCUUUUCUCGCUUAUGAAAUAUGAAUUUUUUUUGGCUA